ACGCGGCGCGGGCGGGAGCCGAGCCGGAGCUGAGCCGGAGUCGGAGCCGGAGUCAGAGCCGGAGUCGCAAAGACGCGGAAACAUGGAGGCCUGAGCCGGCGGCCACCGCGGCUUCUCCUGUUCCCCCUCUGCCGCCCGCUUGUCCGUGAGCUGGAAGCGGAUCUGCCCGCCGGCUGAGACAGGUUGUCUUGUGGAAAUGAAGGUUUAAGGACAAGUUGUCUCCCAGAUUAGAAGAUGGGAUCGAACAGCAGCAGAAUCGGUGAUCUUCCUAAAAAUGAGUACUUAAAAAAGUUAUCAGGCACAGAAUCUGUCUCUGAGAAUGACCCGUUCUGGAAUCAGCUUCUCUCAUUUUCUUUCCCUGCACCAACCAGCAGUACUGAUUUGAAGCUCUUGGAGGAGGCAACUAUUUCAGUCUGCAGGUCUUUAGUUGAAAACAAUCCCCGAACAGGAAACCUUGGUGCAUUAAUUAAGGUCUUCCUUUCUAGAACCAAAGAACUAAAACUUUCAGCAGAAUGUCAGAAUCACAUCUUCAUUUGGCAGACAAACAAUGCUUUGUUUAUUAUUUGCUAUUUGCUGAAAGUGUUCAUUUGUGAGAUGUCAGAGGAGGAAUUACAACUUCAUUUUACUUAUGAAGAAAAGUCUGGCAGUUGCAGUUCCAACUCAGAAGAUCUCUUGGAAGAAUUAGUCUGCUGUUUGAUGCAGUUAAUCACUGAUAUCCCACUCCUAGCUAUUACUUAUGAAAUAUCAGUAGAAGCUAUAUCAACAAUGGUUGUUUUCCUUUCCUGCCAACUCUUCCACAAGGAAAUUUUGCGACAAAGCAUCAGUCACAAGUAUUUGAUGAAAGGUCGAUGUCUUCCAUACACCAGCAAACUCGUGAAAACCUUAUUGUAUAACUUUAUCAGACAAGAAAAGCCUCCUCCUCCAGGAGCACAUGUGUUCCCUCAGCAGUCGGAUGGGGGAGGACUGCUGUAUGGACUUGCAUCAGGAGUAGCAACUGGCCUCUGGACUGUCUUUACCCUGGGUGGUGUGGGCAGCAAAGCAGCCGCCACUCCAGCACUUACUUCCCCCCUGGCCAACCAGAGUCUCCUGCUUCUGCUGGUACUGGCCAACCUGACAGAUGCUGCAGAUGCACCAAACCCCUACAGACAGGCCAUCAUGUCCUUUAAGAAUACACAAGAUAAUAGUCCUUUCCCCUCAUCAAUUCCACAUGCUUUCCAGAUUAAUUUUAACAGUUUGUACACAACUCUAUGUGAACAGCAGACAUCUGAUCAAGCAACUCUCCUCUUAUAUACAUUGCUCCAUCAGAAUAGUAAUAUUAGAACAUACAUGUUGGCUCGCACAGAUAUGGAAAAUCUUGUUUUACCAAUUCUCGAGAUUCUGUAUCAUGUUGAAGAAAGAAAUUCACACCACGUGUAUAUGGCGCUUAUAAUAUUGUUGAUCCUUACAGAAGAUGAUGGCUUCAAUAGAUCCAUUCAUGAAGUGAUAUUAAAAAAUAUUACUUGGUAUUCAGAACGGGUUUUAACAGAAAUUUCACUGGGGAGUCUCCUGAUACUGGUUGUAAUAAGAACCAUUCAGUACAACAUGACAAGGACAAGAGACAAGUACCUUCACACAAAUUGUUUGGCAGCUUUAGCAAAUAUGUCGGCCCAGUUUCGUUCUCUCCAUCAGUAUGCUGCCCAGAGGAUCAUCAGUUUGUUUUCCUUGCUGUCUAAAAAACACAACAAAGUUCUGGAACAAGCUACACAGUCCUUGAGAGGUUCACUAAGUUCCAAUGAUGUUCCUCUACCAGAUUAUGCACAAGACCUAAAUGUCAUUGAAGAAGUGAUUCGAAUGAUGUUAGAGAUCAUCAAUUCCUGCCUGACAAAUUCUCUUCAUCACAAUCCAAACUUGGUGUAUGCACUGCUUUACAAACGAGAUCUCUUUGAGCAAUUUCGAACUCAUCCUUCAUUCCAGGAUAUAAUGCAAAAUAUCGAUCUGGUGAUUACCUUCUUCAACUCCAGGUUGCUACAGGCUGGAGCUGAGCUGUCAGUGGAACGGGUCCUGGAAAUCAUCAAGCAAGGAAUUGUCGCUCUGCCCAAAGACAGGCUAAAGAAAUUUCCAGAAUUGAAAUUCAAAUAUGUGGAAGAGGAGCAGCCCGAGGAGUUCUUCAUCCCCUACGUCUGGUCUCUGGUCUACAGCUCAGCCGUAGGCCUGUACUGGAGCCCACAGGACAUCCAGCUGUUCACGAUGGACUCCGACUGAGGCCGGCCUCCCCCACCGAGCACCCUUCUCGGUUCCUCCUUCGGGCAGGUGGAGGCAGGUGGCCUGGUGGAUCUUCUGCUGAAGAGGGGCACACAGGCGUGUUUCCCUUGCACACUCAGACGUGGAGAAUUGGUGCCAGUUGGCAGUAGAUCACUCAGCUUAGAUUGUAGUUCAAAAAAUGCAAUAAUAAAUGUAAAACCUGCU